AUGGCGCCGGUGGGGGCUGGGUUGGACAGCGUUGGGGAAAAACUGGCGGCCAUGUUGGCCAAUCCCUCCCAUCCACUGCUCAUGGAGCUGACGGGGAUGAGGAGCAAAUUCAGCGAUAGAUUUGUCCUCCCCUGUUUAUCUCUCUCCGGUUCUGGGAGCUUUAGACGGGGACCGAGCUCCAGGUUUGGCAGUUAUCUGGACCGGAGAGGAGACCGCAAACGGAGCGAGCUCAAGCAGACGGAGCAUGCGCAGAAGACACCAGCCCGGGUGCUGGAUGAUGGAGAGGACGUCACUCCUCUGCCUCUGCUUUCUUCAGAGCCAGGAGAGGUACCGUCCAGCCUGCCUACUCUGGAUGAAAUCUUCUCUGGAUCAGACUUCUUAAAAUCCACAUGUAGCUCCAACCUGCAGUCUUCCAGAUUGUUCUCCUUCAUGGACAGUUCCUACCAUCCCACCCUGUCUUCCAAGAACACGGAGGACAGUCUUCUGUUCCAGGACGCCGUCCGAAACCUCCCUGCUCCUCUCAACCUGCCGGUGAAAAGAGAGCGUGUGGAAGACGAGGUGUCAGACAAAGUGCCUUACAUCAUCAUUUCUGAGACGGACACCAUUUCACUGCUUGACAUCCCCAGCACCUUCGUCUCUGAGGAUGAUGAGGAUGCAGAAGCAUUGAAGGAGAGAGACAUCCUUUACGCUGAUCUAAAGAAGGAAACGGGGAACAAAACAUAUGCAGAUCACUCAGUCCAGACUUUUAAUGGAGCGCUGAAAAACAAACAGACCCAGACCAGCGAGAUCGUCAUGGUUGAUACCGCCGCUGCUGCUUCAGUCCAGGACAUCUACAACUCUUAUUGUGGUCAGGAGGAAAUCUCUGAAAAGGAAAACGUUGCUGAGAGCACCAAGAGAGGAACCGAGAGGACAGACGGGAACAGUAGCAGCACCGCAGGCAGCAGCACCGUCAGCCAGCUGCAGGACGUACAAGUAUACGCUGACCCGGACCCAGAUAAAGUCCUCCUGUCAGAGUCCUUUCAGAAGACCUCCAUGUUCAUGGAGAGAACCAUCAUGGUCCAAAAAUAUCAGUCCAAACUGGCUGCUUACAGGAACCGGCCCAUCCUUCCAGACCCUUACAGCACAGAGGAGGGUCAGGACUCCUUCACUCCGACCCUGGAGCGGCUCUGGGCUUUUACGUGCAAGCUCACCACGGGAUACGCCGUUAGAAGCAUAGCCAGGAACAAGAAGAACCCGCACAUCCUGGCUGUCGGCUACAGUGACUCCAAGAGCCAGAAACCAGGUCUCAUCUGCGGCUGGUCCAUCAAAAACCCUGAGUGGCCUGAGCGAGUGUUCUCCACCCCCAGCGGGGUCACCUCCCUGGACUUCUCUGCCAACAACCCCGGUCAGCUGGCUGCAGGGAUGCACGACGGCUCCAUCGCCUUCUACAACGUCUUCUUCAAGGACAACAGGGCGUUCAUGGACACCAGCACUCUCGAGUUUCCUAGAAGGCAUCUGGAACCGGUGUGGCAGGUGACCUGGACCAAAAUUGGGCCGGCAUCGGCAGAGGGGGACAGAGACGAGGCUCUGCUGUCGGCGUCACAAGACGGCAGGAUCACCAAGUGGUUCUUCUGCCCCACUGGACUGGACUGCCUUGACCUGAUGAACAUGAAGAGGCUUCCUCGGAUGAGUGUAUCGAAGAAAGAGAAGGACAAUAUGUUAGAUCUCUUAGAUGCCCCUGCUCGCUGCAUCCACUUCCAUCCAACAGUAAGUCUGUCCGACAGAAACUUAGCAGAAACCUCCAGCUCCAGACAAUGUCCUGGUAUCUACUUGGUUGGGGCCUGGGACGGCCUCAUCCACAAGUGUUCCCUCUCUGAGAGCGAGCGAGGCCUGGACACGUACGCAAAACACUUGCGUCCGGUGAAUGCCAUCGAGUGGUCACCAUUCAGCCCAGAUGUGUUUCUGAGCUGCUCCUCAGACUGGACCAUCCGUCUGUGGAAGCAGGGCACCUUCAGGCCUCUGAUGACCUUCAGAUCCGUCAUGAGCGACGUGGUCGCCGCCAGGUGGUCCCCCGACUGCUCCACUGUGUUUGCAGCCAUUAACAGAGAGCAGUUGGAAGUCUGGGACCUGAACUCCAGCAUUGAGAAACCAACCAUCGUACACCGCACUGCCACCGGAGUCGCACCGACAUCCCUGCUGUUUGGCUCUGGACACGUCCUGGUGGGAGACUCGGAGGGACAGGUGACGGUCUUCAAAAUACAGAACCUCCAAGCUGUAGAGGGCAAGCAGGCCUCCCCACACUUCCUGUUGAACAUCCUGGAUCUGGAUCAGCGUGUUGUCCAGGUCCAUCCUGGAGAGUCUGGACUCCAGGAGAUCUGGAGACGCCAGACAGGACGUCCUAAAAAUCUCACCAUUAUAAAUUUCCACUUUUCAGCUACUUCCACUGUGUUUAGUUUGGAAAGUUGGGGGGAUGAAUGUCAGGACGCAGAGCUGAUUUCUGCUGAGAUGGAGCACAGCUGGAAGAGCUGA